CACCGCAGUCGCGGCGCGCGAUUGUCGAUUGUCGCCAUUGUGUCGAGCGAGCGACGGACGCGCGGAGCUCGCGCUCGUUUGAUUUGCAACACGCGAUACGAUAACGCAAACCGAGUAAAUCGAUCGUGUAAUAACAGUUACUUACACAAUGACAACAGUUGUUCGUAAUUAUUGAGAAUUUGUUUAUUUUUGCGAUUAAGAUUUGUGUGUGCAGUGCCGGCGGGACUUUGUUUUUUACACGUGAUUGAAAGGCUUCAUCGUGGAUCUGGAACUGCACCAACGUGCCAGCGGCCACUUCAUGAGUGCCGCUGGUGCGAUGUGUGACCGGACCGGCUUCGGGAGCUCCAUGGGGCACUUCCCAAUGGGCCCCAUGUCUGCCAUGGGAGCCAUCGGGACCAUGGGCUCCAUGUCCGCCAUGAACGGGCCCCAACAGAAGAAAGUCCAGGAGGAACACAUUAAAAGACCCAUGAACGCCUUCAUGGUGUGGUCCAGGCUACAGAGGCGGAAGAUAGCCCAGGACAACCCUAAGAUGCAUAACUCUGAGAUUUCUAAGAGAUUAGGUGCGGAAUGGAAGCUCCUCUCAGAAGACGAAAAGCGUCCCUUCAUAGACGAAGCGAAGCGCAUCCGAGCGAUGCACAUGAAGGAGCACCCGGACUACAAGUACAGGCCUCGGAGGAAGCCCAAGACCUUGAGGAAGGAGGGGUACCCCUACUCCAUACCGUAUCCCAGCGUGCCUAUGGAUGCGUUGAGAGCUGGUAUGGCCGGCGGAGGCAUGGGACAAGCCAUGGGCGGGUACUACGGAGCUGCGUACGGGCCGCUCGGAGCCAGCAUGGCGGCGGCGGCCGCUGCCGCUGCUCAGCAAAACGCUAUCAAUGCUGCGUUGACGCCUAAUCCACAGGUCGGUUCUUCAAUGGACAUGUCAAAAUACUCCAUAGAGGCUGAGAAGUACCGCAGCUACGGUAUGUACCCCGACCCAUCGCGCGGCUACCUGGUGGACUCAGCAGCCCUCUCCAAGGCGUACAUGUACAUGGACCAGCAGCAACAGCGGUCCUACCCCGUCGACAUCGGCAAGAUGUACUCAGAAGCAUCAGCAGCCGCCAUGGCAGGCCUCAGCUCCGUCAACUCAGCCCCCUCUAGCCUGUCACCCCGCUCCCCGGCCGAGUCCCCAGACAUGACCCCCAAAGCACAAGACAGGACUGAAGGCUCGUCAUCCUCAGGCUCAAACCCCUCCCCGUCCCUUCCCUACUACCAAGGAUCCUCAAGUAUCCACAUGCCGCAAUACCCAGGGCAAUAUCCCCAGAGUACUCAAGGAGGACCAGAGUUCCGACGACCCCUCACCGUCAUAUUUUGACCUGAAACCUAGUUUGUUGUUGUUGAGUUUUAUUUAUUCGUUUAUUUUUAUAGUUUUUCGACUGCGAAUUAUUUGGAGGUUAGUUUUAGUUCCAGUUCUUGGAACGCAGAUAUUAUUGUGGUGACGAAAUUCGAUAUUAUUAUUCGAUGAGAAUUUAAAAUUAUAAAUUGAUUCUAUUAUUAUAUUAAUAAAAAGACUAUUAUUCAAUUCAAAAGAUAAAUGUUUUUAUUUUUUAUAUUUCAAUGCGAGUUUUCACGGACUAUUGAUUUCACUCGAUUUUUUAGUCUUUUUAAACGAGUGUUAGACUAUAUUUUAUUUUUAUUUUGUGCUCCAAAGUUCCUUCUUGAUUUCUUCGGAAAUAAAUUAAAGUUAUUAGAUAUUAUUAUGUGUAUAGGAAUACGUACUUAUCUGUACAUUGUGAAUAUAGUUAGUUGUUAAUAAAUAGGAGCUGAUUCUUUAUCGAUAAAGAAGUUUUGAACAAAAUCUUCGCUGGCAAAAAGCUCAUUAUUUUUAUUCUGUCAAACUGGUCCAAAAUUAAAAUUUAUAGUCUCAUGAAUAGUCGGAAGGCUGUGCUGGUAUUUGGCAGUUCUAAAAAUAAACAUACUAAUGAAUAGCAGUUGUCUCGUCUAAAAUCACGUAUUUCGUAGCCAGACGAGAAAACACGUCAUCAUCAUCAUCAGCCUAUCGCAGUCCACUGCUGGACAUAGGCCUCUCCAAGUGCACGCCACUGAGAUCGAUUUUCGGCUAAACACGUAGAAUUGUCUAAAUUGCACCAAAAACUUGUUUAUCGAUAAAAAAUGUUUUUAACCAAAAUUAUUGCGAUAAUAAUACAAGUUGCAAUUCUAUUAUUAUCACAAUAAUUUAUUGGAUUUAAAAGUCCGAAAAUUAAUUACAACGACUUUUGAUAUUAUUUGUAAAUAUAGUUAAAUAAUUAAUAAUUGUUAUAUUUUUGUCUUUAGAUUCGUACGUGUCAUUUUUGUAAAAUAAAAAUGUUUAAAUGUCAAAACUGCUUUAGAAUAUUGUGGAUUUUAACUGUCAUUUUUGAAAACGAGCUUUUUCUGCUUUUUAUUAUUCUCAAUAAUUAUUGGAUCUGAUUGUUUGAUUGGAUAUGAUUGAAUUGAAAUAUUAUAAUUUUUUGCUAAUAUUUUUAUCCUUUUUUUAAAAUAAUAAUUGUUGUUAAAAACUUAAACUUUAAUAGAUGUUGUUAACCCGUAGUUUUUAGGGCAGAUUAUUUUAAAUGGUUCCUUGUUUAAAUAAUAUUUAUGUGUAACAUUCCUUGAUAAUUAUAAUUUAAAAUUAAUCUGUCAUUUGUAACCAUGGGGUCCAAAGCUUAAAUUUCAAAGUUUUUACUCCAAUUAUUGUUGAAGUUUGAUUGACCAUUAUAAUCCAUUAAUUACCUAUAUAUUUUUGAUUAUUUCAUUAUGCUCGAAUUAAAAAAGUAAUGUAUAAUUUGAUACAAUUUCUUAUUGAGAAAACUGUUGGCCAUUUAACUUCAAUUUGCAUUUAUAAGUUGCCAUAUAAAAUAUUAAUUUUCAUUUUGUAUUAUUGCAACCCAGUUUCGAAUAUAUCCUGUAAGCUAAAUACAAAUUAACGUUUUAAUCUUUAUAUUUAGGAAUAUAAAUUGUAAUUUAUGGAAAAAUAAGCGUAUUUGUAAAAAUAUGUUGUAAAUUAUAGUCGAUUGUAAUGAUGGGACUAUUAUCUCGAAUAAAAAAUAUUA